AUGGAAUGGCAAAUCUCAAAACGCAAGGCACUAGAAUACUAUCGACAGGAGAAAUACCUUGAAAGCAUCAAAAAGGCCAAAAUAUGGCUGCUUUGGAGUAAACGUGUUGGUAAUAAACACGAAGAAAGAGAGGCGUGUAAAAUUUUAGCCUGGUCAUAUCACUAUCUGCUAAACUACGAAGAAAGCAUUAAAUUUGGGAAAGAACAGUUCACAAUAGCAAAAGAAGAGUCAGACAGAGAAGCAGAAAACGAUGCAUACAUUGUUCUAGCUUCGUCAUAUAGGAAACUUGCGUCUUUAAAGAGGUCAAAAGAGAAGAGUCUUCACGGAUAUGCGUCACAUCCAGGUAUUGAAGUGUGUUUCAGCGUACACUUACUAGGUUUGCUGUAAAUUGUCUUGCCGUGGGCUCGACCGGUUUCUGCCAAAUUUCAGACGGCUUGAUCAUUGUAUUGUACAGUUGUGGGUGUAAAAGGCAUCCGCAGUAAGCUAAGUAUCACCUGCAUGACGUGUAAGUGUAAGACUAGACAUUGUUCAUUUAGCUAACUCUUAAAUGUGAGCUCACAGAUCCGCCUCAGUGCAGACACCAAAAAUUGUUGGAUCACGGGGUCACAAAAAUAAGCUCCCCCCACUGCCUCCCCCCCACCCCCUCUAUGUUCAAAUACAGCGUAUUGGCAAAUACAUUUAUAAAUUUUUCUUGUAUCUGUAUGUUCGUCUAUCUACCCAGGUUUGCACCACACCAGUAGUGAGGUAAAUUCACAAGGACAACCAUCAAGCAGAAGCUUUAUUAGGGGUAACUCAAUUAUGCCCCCUGCUUCAGCUGAACUAACAUUAACAGCAGCUCAAGAAAAAGAAGAUAAUACAAGCCACGAACAAGCAGCCAAAGCCGAAAUUAAAAGCACAGGUAACAAGAUUUAUCAAAACUGUUUACCCGCUAACAACAUGUUAACGUUUUUCGUUUCUUUUAAGGAAAUUCAAAAGUUUGUUUUUUUAUCCAUAUUACGUUUUGGCUUUGGUGGGUGCAUUCAGCUGAGCAUUCAGUGCGUUCCUACUUCUGGAUGCAAGAUCGUUUACAUUCACAUUAACAUUAGGAGUGAAGUGUAUACCUGAGAGACCUCCAAGGUGAAGUAUAAUCGAUGAAAUGCGAGACACAUGAAAAGCCCAAGCCUUCUAAAGUUUUUCACACUGGUUCAAGGAGCAGAGCCUGACCCAGGAUUCAUAGAUACAUUAUUUACCAGAAGUACUUCAGUGCGACUUCUCGAACCGGGACACCUGAAAGAAGAUUAUCCAAUCACAACGUUUUUUGAAAACAAAGGAUUCUCAAGGUUUUUUGCAAACGGACCAAUAAACAUGAAGAAUUUUGAGGGCUGCUUCCUGAGAGGCAAAGUAAGUUCAAACGGUUGAAUAUUUUAACUUUUCAACGGUCCUAUAGCUGAACCUUGAAUUUUAGUGGUCCUUUCCAAAAAAAGUGAGAAUCUUCUGUUUUCCGAAAAAACGUUGGGAUUGGAUAAUCUUUUUCCAAGUGACCCGGUUGGAGUAGUCGAACUGUAAAUCUGCGGCUUGGGUCCUGGCUUGCAACUCGCCUUAUAAUAGAACCCAACUUUCAUUUGAGUUGCGCUUCUACCAACGACCAAAGACUGAGGGCCAACCUGUUUAACCGACGCACACCACUUUCUUGACAAAUAUCUAGGGCUAAAUCAGAAUCAAAAUUAGCGUUGUAGCUCUGGCUGGACCUGCCUCGACUCUUCCCAGCUUAGAACGAAUAGCAAGUGUCAGGCAAUUUGGUAGCAAAGUCAGGGGCGACCUUUGAUCUGUUAAAAGCCCUCAUGGGAUUGGCUGGGAAAAUAAUGACACCAAAGUUAACAAUGGAACCAAGGAAGAAAACAAAAGAGCUGCGACCAUAAAGGUCCAAUUAAAUCAGAGGUUCUGAAGACCUGCGAGGCUACUGAGUUUAGGAUCUUGUAUUAGACUAAAAGGCCCUUUUACACCCGGCAGUGUUGUUACAUACAGCUAUUUCGAGAAAGGUUGUCGGAAAAAUGUGCACGCGACAAUCCCGAAAGGUAAUGUGGGAUAUGAUCAAUACAGUGUUUCUGACGAUUGUUCCUAUCGAACCUACUUUUGUUGCUUUCCUUUAGCACUCGCAAACACAUUUCCACGACCUUUCGUACCAAUUCUUUUAAAUUUCUUUAAAGAACAGUGAACUUAAAACCACCCACAAUGCAUUUCGGGAUUGUCGCGUGCACUUUUUCCGACAUCCUUGCUCGAAAUAACUGUAUAUAUAAAGUAUAAAGUCAGGUUCUUGUCCUUUACAGAGUAACGUCCUUCGCGGCAUAUAAAUCACGUAGACUACGUUUUUUGACAGGUGGGAUUUUAGCAAACUUAAUAUCGCAGGGACUAGCUUUCGAAAGCCAGGUGAAGGACAGAGAUACAAGUCGAAAACAUGCAAAAAAGCGAAGACGUGCUCCAUACAACCGGACAGGUAAUGGGACUACACCUAUAUUAGCGACUUGAUUUUCGGUUAAUGUAUUCAGCAUUUUUUAAAAUCAAUUAAAUUUCUUAGACGUAACGAAGAAAUACACUCAUGCCACAAUCAAAUAUAUAGGACUUCUAGUAAGAUAGGCACCAUUAUAGCCGGCAGUUAAGUAUCAUUAGAUGGAAAAAAAGAACUUAAAGGAAAAGAUCCCGCAUGACUUGGCUUUAUUGGCCACGCGAUACUGCAUUACAGUUUAUGAAAUGUUACUUUAAAUGCUUUUAAUUUACUUUAAAUGCUUUAAUGCUUUAAUGCUUUAAAUGCUUUAAAAGCUUUAAAUGUUAAUGCUUAAAUGUUACUUUAAAUGCUCUAAAUACUUUUAAUGUUACUUUCAAUGAAUGAGAUAUUCAUAUUAACGGGUUAUGUGUUUUUAGUCGUAUUUUUAGUUUUCUGCCUUUAUCGCGCUUGCCCUUGCUCGCUGAAAAAGAAAAAGCAAAACAAAAAACACUGUUUAUCAAAAGUGAGUUAAUUUUUUCAAUGUAUGUGUAUUCACGAGUCACAGUCAAGGAUUUGUAGCAAUUCGCGUUUCAGGAAGUCCACUUCAAUUAUAAUACACAACGGUUUAUCAGCACAAAACGUUUAAUAGACACCAAAAAUUGUUGGAUCAGGGGGUCACAAAAAAAGCUCCCUCCACCCCCCUCCCCAUUCCCUGUUAAAAUACAGCGUGUUGGCAAACAUAUUUAUACGUCUUUCUUGUAUCUGUAUGUUCGUCUGCCUACCCAGGUUUGAACCAGAGCAGUAGUAAGGCAAAUUCACAAGGACAAGCAUCAGGCAGCAGCUUUAUUAGGGGUAACUCAAUUAUGGCCCCUGCUUCAGCUGAAGUAGCAUUAACAGCAGCUCAAGAAAAAGAAGACAAUACAAGCCAAGAAGAAGCAGCCAAAGCCGAAAUUAAAAGCACAGGUAACAAGAUUUAACAAAACUGUUUACCCGCUAACAAUAUGUUAACGUUUUUUGUUUGUUUUAAGGAAAUUCAAUAGUUUGUUUUUUUAUCCAUAUUACCUUUUGGCUUUGGUGGGUGCAUUCAGCUGCGCAUUCAGUGCGUUCCUACUUCUCGAUGCAAGAUCGUUCAUAUUCCCAUUAACAUUAGAGACCUCCAAGGUGAGGUAUAAUCGAUGGAAUGCGAGACAAAAGCCCAAGCCUUCUAAAGUUUUUCACACUGGUUCAAGGAGCAGAGCCUGACCCAGGAUUCAUAGAUACAUUAUUUGCCAGAAGUAUUUCAGUGCGACUUCUCGAACCGGGACACCUGAAAGAAGAUUAUCCAAUCACAACGUUUUUUGAAAACAAAAGAUUCUCAAGGUUUUUUGCAAACAGACCAAUAAACAUGAAGAAUUUUGAGGGCUGCUUCCUGAGAGGCAAAGUAAGUUCAAACGGUUGAAUAUUUUAACUUUUCAACGGUCCUAUAGAUGAACCUUGAAUUUUAGUGGUCCUUUCCAAAAAAAAUGAGUUUCUUCUGUUUUCCGAAAAAACGUUGGGAUUGGAUAAUCUUUUUCCAAGUGACCCGGUUGGAGUAGUCGCACUGUAAAUCUGCGGCUUGGGUCCUGGCUUGCAACUCCCCUUAUAAUUGAACCCAACUUUCAUUUGAGUUGCGCUUCUACCAACGACCAAAGACUGAGGGCCAACCUGUUUAACCGACGCACACCACUUUCUUGACAAAUAUCUAGGGCUAAAUCAGAAUCAAAAUUAGCGUUGUAGCUCUGGCUGGACCUGCCUCGACUCUUCCCAGCUUAGAACGAAUAGCAACUGUCAGGCAAUUUGGUAGCAAAGUCAGGGGCGACCUUUGAUCUGUUAAAAGCCCUCAUGGGAUUGGCUGGGAAAAUAAUGACACCAAAGUUAACAAUGGAACCAAGGAAGAAAACAAAAGAGCUGCGACCGUAAAGGUCCAAUUAAAUCAGAGGUUCUGAAGACGUGCGAGGCUACUGAGUUUAGGAUUUUGUAUUAGACUGACAGGCCCUUUUACACCCGGCAGUGUUGUUAUAUACAGCUACUUCGAGAAAGGUUGUCGGAAAAAUGUGCACGCGACAAUCCCGAAAGGUAAUGUGGGAUAUGAUCAAUACAGUGUUUCUGACGACUGUACCUGUUGAACCUACUUUUGUUGCUUUCCUUUAGCACUCGCACGCACAUUUCCACGACCUUUCGUACCAAUUCUUUUAAAUUUCUUUAAAGAACAGUGAACAUAAAACCACCCACAUUGCAUUUCGGGAUUGUCGCGUGCACUUUUUCCGACAUCCUUGCUCGAAAUAGCUGUAUAUAUAAAGUAUAAAGUCAGGUUCUUGUCCUUUACAGAGUAACGUACUUCGCGGCAUAUAAAUCACGUAGACUACGUUUUUUCACAGGUGAGAGUACAGUAAACGUAAAAUGGCAGAGACGAGCUUUCGAAAACAAGGCGAAAGACACUGAUGCAAGUCGAGAACAUGCACAAUACCGAAGACGUGCUCCAUACAACCGGACAGGUAAUGGGACUACACCUAUAUUAGCGACUUGAAUUUCGGUUAAUGCAUUCAGCAUUUUUGAAAUCAAUUAAAUUUCUUACACGUGACGAAGAAAUACACUCAUGCCACGAUCAAAUAUAUAGGACUUCUAGUAAGAUAGGCACCAUUAUAGCCGGCAGUUAAGUAUCGUUAGAUGGGAAAAAAGAACUUAAAAGAAAAGAUCCUGCAUGACUUGGCUUUAUUGGCCACGCGAUACUGCAUUACAGUUUUUGAAAUGUUACUUUAAAUGAAUGAGAUAUUCAUAUUUUCGGGUUAUGCCUGUUUUUUAGUCGUAUUUUCAAUUUUAUGCCUUUACAAAAUAUAUGUUGCACUUAACGCUCAACUUCGCGGUUGCUUUUUCUCGCUAGAAAAAAAAGCAAAACAAAACAACAGUGUUUAUCAAAAGUGACUUAAAUUGUUCAAUGUAUGUGUAUUCACGACUCACAAUCAAGGAUUUUAAGAAUUCGCGUUUCAGGAAGGCCACUUCAAUUACAAUAAAGACACCAAAAAUUGUUGGAUCACGGGGUCACAAAAAUAAGCUUCCCCCAACCCCCUCCCUGUUCAAAUACAGCGUAUUGGCAAAUAUAUUUAUACAUUUUUUUUGUAUCUGUAUGUUCGUCUAUCUACCCAGGUUUGCACCAGAGCAGUAGUAAGGUAAAUUCACAAGGACAAGCAUCAAGCAGAAGCUUUAUUAGGGGUAACUCAAUUAUGCCCCCUGCUUCAGCUGAACUAACAUUAACACCAACUCAAGAAAAAGAAGACAAUACAAGCCAAGAAGAAGCAGCCAAAGCCGAAAUUAAAAGCACAGGUAACAAGAUUUAUCAAAACUGUUUACCCGCUAACAAUAUGUUAACGUUUUUCGUUUGCUUAAAGAAAUUUAAUAGUUUGUUUUUAUCCAUAUUACGUUUUGGCGUUGGUGGGUGCAUUCAGCUGAGCAUUCAGUACCUUCCUACUUCCGGAUGCAAGAUCGUUCAUAUUGUCAUUAAUAUUAAGAGUGAAGUGUAUACCUGAGAGACCUCCAAGGAGAGGUAUAAUCGAUGGAAUGCGAGACACGUGAAAAGCCCAAGCCUUCUAACGUCUUUUACACUGGUUCAAGGAGCAGAGCCUGACCCAGGAUUCAUAGAUACAUUAUUUGCCAGACGUACUUCAGUGCGACUUCUCGAACCGGGACACCUGAAAGAAGAUUAUCCAAUCACAACGUUUUUUGAAAACAAAAGAUUCUCAAGGUUUUUUGCAAACGGACCAAUAAACAUGAAGAAUUUUGAGGGCUGCUUCCUGAGAGGCAAAGUAAGUUCAAACGGUUGAAUAUUUUAACUUUUCAACGGUCCUAUAGCUGAACCUUGAAUUUCAGUGGUCCUUUCCAAUAAAAGUGAGAAUCUUCUGUUUUCCGAAAAAACGUUUGGAUUGGAUAAUCUUUUUCCAAGUGACCCGGUUGGAGUAGUCGCACUGUAAAUCUGCGGCUUGGGUCCUGGCUUGCAACUCGCCUUAUAAUUGAACCCAACUUUCAUUUGAGUUGCGCUUCUACCAACCACCAAAGACUGAAGGCCAACCUGUUUAACCGACGCACACCACUUUCUUGACAAAUAUCUAGGGCUAAAUCAGAAUCAAAAUUAGCUUUGUAGCUCUGGGUGGACCUGCCUCGACUCUUCCCAGCUCAGAACGAAUAGCAACUGUUAGGCAAUUUGGUAGCAAAGUCAGGGGCGACCUCUGAUCUGUUAAAAGCCCUCAUGGGAUUGGCUGGGAAAAUAAUGACACCAAAGUUAACAAUGGAACCAAGGAAGAAAACAAAAGAGCUGCGACCGUAAAGGUCCAAUUAAAUCAGAGGUUCUGAAGACGUGCGAGGCUACUGAGUUUAGGAUUUUGUAUUAGACUGACAGGCCCUUUUACACCCGGCAGUGUUGUUAUAUACAGCUAUUUCGAGAAAGGUUGUCGAAAAAAUGCGCACGCGACAAUCCCGAAAGGUAAUGUGGGAUAUGAUCAAUACACUGUUUCUGACGACUGUACCUGUCGAACCUACUUUUGUUGCUUUCCUUUAGCACUCGCAAACACAUUUCCACGGCCUUUCGUACCAAUUCUUUCAAAUUUCUUUAAAGAACAGUGAACUUAAAACCAACCACAAUGCCUUUCGGGAUUGUCGCGUGCACUUUUUCCGACAACCUUUCUCGAAAUAGCUGUAUAUAUAAAGUAUAAAGUCAGGUUCUUGUCCUUUACAGAGUAACGUCCUUGGCAGGAUAUAAAUCACGUAGACUACCUUUUUUCACAGGUGAGAGUACAGUUAACGUAAAAUGGCAGCGACGUGCUUUCGAAAACAAGGCUAAAGACACUGAUGCAAGUCAGGAAGAUGCAAAAUAUCGAAGACGUUCUCCAUACAACAGGACAGGUAAUGGGACUACACCUAUAUUAGCGACUUGAAUUUCGGUUAAUGUGUUCAGCAUUUUUGAAAUCAAUUAAAUUUCUUACACGUGACGAAGAAAUACACUCAUGCCACGAUCAAAUAUAUAGGACUUCUAGUAAGAUAGGCACCAUUAUAGCCGGCAGUUAAGUAUCGUUAGAUGGGAAAAAAGAACUUAAAAGAAAAGAUCCUGCAUGACUUGGCUUUAUUGGCCACGCGAUACUGCAUUACAGUUUUUGAAAUGUUACUUUAAAUGAAUGAGAUAUUCAUAUUUUCGGGUUAUGCCUGUUUUUUAGUCGUAUUUUCAAUUUUAUGCCUUUACAAAAUAUAUGUUGCACUUAACGCUCAACUUCGCGGUUGCUUUUUCUCGCUAGAAAAAAAAGCAAAACAAAACAACAGUGUUUAUCAAAAGUGACUUAAAUUGUUCAAUGUAUGUGUAUUCACGACUCACAAUCAAGGAUUUUAAGAAUUCGCGUUUCAGGAAGGCCACUUCAAUUACAAUAAAGACACCAAAAAUUGUUGGAUCACGGGGUCACAAAAAUAAGCUUCCCCCAACCCCCUCCCUGUUCAAAUACAGCGUAUUGGCAAAUAUAUUUAUACAUUUUUUUUGUAUCUGUAUGUUCGUCUAUCUACCCAGGUUUGCACCAGAGCAGUAGUAAGGUAAAUUCACAAGGACAAGCAUCAAGCAGAAGCUUUAUUAGGGGUAACUCAAUUAUGCCCCCUGCUUCAGCUGAACUAACAUUAACACCAACUCAAGAAAAAGAAGACAAUACAAGCCAAGAAGAAGCAGCCAAAGCCGAAAUUAAAAGCACAGGUAACAAGAUUUAUCAAAACUGUUUACCCGCUAACAAUAUGUUAACGUUUUUCGUUUGCUUAAAGAAAUUUAAUAGUUUGUUUUUUUAUCCAUAUUACGUUUUGGCGUUGGUGGGUGCAUUCAGCUGAGCAUUCAGUACCUUCCUACUUCCGGAUGCAAGAUCGUUCAUAUUGUCAUUAAUAUUAAGAGUGAAGUGUAUACCUGAGAGACCUCCAAGGAGAGGUAUAAUCGAUGGAAUGCGAGACACGUGAAAAGCCCAAGCCUUCUAACGUCUUUUACACUGGUUCAAGGAGCAGAGCCUGACCCAGGAUUCAUAGAUACAUUAUUUGCCAGACGUACUUCAGUGCGACUUCUCGAACCGGGACACCUGAAAGAAGAUUAUCCAAUCACAACGUUUUUUGAAAACAAAAGAUUCUCAAGGUUUUUUGCAAACGGACCAAUAAACAUGAAGAAUUUUGAGGGCUGCUUCCUGAGAGGCAAAGUAAGUUCAAACGGUUGAAUAUUUUAACUUUUCAACGGUCCUAUAGCUGAACCUUGAAUUUCAGUGGUCCUUUCCAAUAAAAGUGAGAAUCUUCUGUUUUCCGAAAAAACGUUUGGAUUGGAUAAUCUUUUUCCAAGUGACCCGGUUGGAGUAGUCGCACUGUAAAUCUGCGGCUUGGGUCCUGGCUUGCAACUCGCCUUAUAAUUGAACCCAACUUUCAUUUGAGUUGCGCUUCUACCAACCACCAAAGACUGAAGGCCAACCUGUUUAACCGACGCACACCACUUUCUUGACAAAUAUCUAGGGCUAAAUCAGAAUCAAAAUUAGCUUUGUAGCUCUGGGUGGACCUGCCUCGACUCUUCCCAGCUCAGAACGAAUAGCAACUGUCAGGCAAUUUGGUAGCAAAGUCAGGGGCGACCUCUGAUCUGUUAAAAGCCCUCAUGGGAUUGGCUGGGAAAAUAAUGACACCAAAGUUAACAAUGGAACCAAGGAAGAAAACAAAAGAGCUGCGACCAUAAAGGUCUAAUUAAAUCAGAUGUUCUGAAGACCUGCGAGGCUACUGAGUUUAGGAUCUUGUAUUAGACUGAAAGGCCCUUUUACACCCGGCAGUGUUGUUAUAUACAGCUACCUCUAGAAAGGUUGUCGGUAAAAUGUGCACGCGACAAUCCCGAAAGGUAAUGUGGGAUAUGAUCAAUACAGUGUUUCUGACGACUGUACCUGUCGAACCUACUUUUGUUGCCUUCCUUUAGCACACGCACACACAUUUCCACGGUCUUUCGUACCAAUUCUUUUAAAUUUCUUUAAAGAACAGUGAACUUAAAACCGCCCACAAUGCAUUUCGGGAUUGUCGCGUGCACUUUUUCCGACAUCCUUGCUCGAUAUAGCUGUAUAUAUAAAGUAUAAAGUCAGGUUCUUGUCCUUUACAGAGUAACGUCCUUGGCAGGAUAUAAAUCACGUAGACUACCUUUUUUCACAGGUGAGAGUACAGUUAACGUAAAAUGGCAGCGACGUGCUUUCGAAAACAAGGCUAAAGACACUGAUGCAAGUCAGGAAGAUGCAAAAUAUCGAAGACGUUCUCCAUACAACAGGACAGGUAAUGGGACUACACCUAUAUUAGCGACUUGAAUUUCGGUUAAUGUGUUCAGCAUUUUUGAAAUCAAUUAAAUUUCUUACACGUGACGAAGAAAUACACUCAUGCCACAAUCAAAUAUAUAGGACUUCUAGUAAGAUAGGCACCAUUAUGGCCGGCAGUUAAGUAUCGUUAGAUGGGAAAAAAGAACUUAAAGGAAAAGAUCCCGCAUUUCUUGGCUUUAUUGGCCACGCGAUACUGCAUUACAGUUUAUGAAAUGUUACUUUAAAUGAAUGAGAUAUUCAUAUUAACGGGUUAUGUUUUUUUAGUCGUAUUUUUAAUUUUGUGCCUUUACAAAAUAUAUGUUGCACGUGACGCUCAACCUCGCGCUUGCCCUUGCUCGCUGAAAAAGAAAAAGCAAAACAAAAAACACUGUUUAUCAAAAGUAACUUAAUUUUUUCAAUGUAUGUGUAUUCACGAGUCACAAUCAAGGAUUUGUAGCAAUUCGCGUUUCGGGAAGUACACUUGAAUCAUAAUAAUACAAAACGGUUUAUCAGCACAAAACGAUUAAUAGACACCAAAAAUUGUUGGAUCAGGGGGUCACAAAAAAAGCUCCCUCCACCCCCCUCCCCAUUGCCUGUUAAAAUACAGCGUGUUGGCAAACAUAUUUAUACGUUUUUCUUGUAUCUGUAUGUUCGUCUGCCUACCCAGGUUUGAACCAGAGCAGUAGUAAGGCAAAUUCACAAGGACAAGCAUCAGGCAGCAGCUUCAUUAGGGGUAACUCAAUUAUGGCCCCUGCUUCAGCUGAACUAACAUUAACAGCAGCUCAAGAAAAAGAAGACAAUACAAGCCAAGAAGAAGCAGGCAAAGCCGAAAUUAAAAGCAAAGGUAACAAGAUUUAUCAAAACUGUUUACCCGCUAACAAUAUCUUAACGUUUUUUGUUUGUUUUAAGGAAAUUCAAUAGUUUGUUUUUUUAUCCAUAUUACGUUUUGGCUUUGGUGGGUGCAUUCAGCUGAGCAUUCAGUGCGUUCCUACUUCUCGAUGCAAGAUCGUUCAUAUUCCCAUUAAUAUUAGAGACCUCCAAGGUGAGGUAUAAUCGAUGGAAUGCGAGACAAAAGCCCAAGCCUUCUAAAGUUUUUCACACUGGUUCAAGGAGCAGAGCCUGACCCAGGAUUCAUAGAUACAUUAUUUGCCAGAAGUAUUUCAGUGCGACUUCUCGAACCGGGACACCUGAAAGAAGAUUAUCCAAUCACAACGUUUUUUGAAAACAAAAGAUUCUCAAGGAUUUUUGCAAACGGACCAAUAAACAUGAAGAAUUUUGAGGGCUGCUCCCCGAGAGGCGAAGUAAGUUCAGACGGUUGAAUAUUUUAACUUUUCAACGGUUCUAUAGCUGAACCUUGACUUUUAGUGGUCCUUUCCAAAGAAAGUGAGAAUCUUCUGUUUUCCGAAAAAACAUUGGGAUUGGAUAAUCUUUUUCCAAGUGACCCGGUUGGAUUAGUCGCACUGUAAAUCUGCGGCUUGGGUCCUGGCUUGCAACUCGCCUUAUAAUUGAACCCAACUUUCAUUUGAGUUGCGCUUCUACAACGACCAAAGACUGAGGGCCAACCUGUUUAACCGACGCACACCACUUUCUUGACAAAUAUCUAGGGCUAAAUCAGAAUCAAAAUUAGCUUUGUAGCUCUGGCUGGACCUGCCUCGACUCUUCCCAGCUUAGAACGAAUAGCAACUGUCAGGCAAUUUGGUAGCAAAGUCAGGGGCGACCUUUGAUCUGUUAAAAGCCCUCAUGGGAUUGGCUGGGAAAAUAAUGAGACCAAAGUUAACAAUCGAACCAAGGAAGAAAACAGAAGAGCUGGACCAUAAAGGUCCAAUUAAAUCAGAGGUUCUGAAGACCUGCGAGGCUACUGAGUUUAGGAUCUUGUAUUAGACUUAAAGGCCCUUUUACACCCGGCAGUGUUGUUAUAUACAGCUACUUCGAGAAAGGUUGUCGGAAAAAUGUGCACGCGACAAUCCCGAAAGGUAAUGUGGGAUAUGAUCAAUACAGUGUUUGUGACGACUGCACCUAUCGAACCUACUUUUGUUGCUGUCCUAUAGCACUCGCAAACACAUUUCCACGGCCUUUCGUCGCAAUUCUUUUAAAUUUCUUUAAAGAACAGUGAACUUAAAACCGCCCACAAUGCAUUUCGGGAUUGUCGCGUGCACUUUUUCCGACAUCCUUGCUCGAAAUAGCUGUAUAUAUAAAGUAUAAAGUCAGGUUCUUGUCCUUUACAGAGUAACGUCCUUGGCGGCAUAUAAAUCACGUAGACUACAUUUUUUGACAGGUGGGAUUUUAGCAAACUUAAUAUCGCAGGGACUAGCUUUCGAAAACAAGGUGAAGGACAGAAGUACAAGACGGGAACAUGCAAAAAAGCGAAGACGUGCUCCAUACAACCAGACAGGUAAUGGGACUACACCUAUAUUAGCGACUUGAAUUUCGGUUAAUGUAUUUAGCAUUUUUUAAAACCAAUUAAAUUUCUUACACGUAACGAAGAAAUACACUCAUGCCACAAUCAAAUAUAUAGGACUUCUAGUAAGAUAGGCACCAUUAUAGCCGGCAGUUAAGUAUCGUUAGAUUGAAAAAAAGAACUUAAAGGAAAAGAUCCCGCAUGACUUGGCUUUAUUGGCCAUUUGAUACUGCAUUACAAUUUAUGAAAUGUUACUUUAAAUGAAUGAGAUAUUCAUAUUAAAGGGUUAUGAUUUUUUAGUCGUAUUUUUAAUUUUAUGCCUUUACAAAAUAUAUAUUGCACGUGACGCUCAACCUCGCGCUUGCCCUUGCUAGCUGAAAAAGAAAAAGCAAAACAAAAAACACUGUUUAUCAAAAGUGACUUAAUUUGUUCAAUGUAUGUGUAUUCACGAGUCACAAUCAAGGAUUUGUAGCAAUUCGCGUUUUAGGAAGUCCACUUCAAUUAUAAUACACAACGGUUUAUCAGCACAACACGAUUAAUAGACACCAAAAAUUGUUGGAUGAGGGGGUCACAAAAAAAGCUCCCUCCACCCUCCUCCCCAUUGCCUGUUAAAAUACAGCGUGUUGGCAAACAUAUUUAUACGUUUUUCUUGCAUCUGUAUGUUCGUCUGCCUACCCAGGUUUGCACCAGAGCAGUAGUAAGGCAAAUUCACAAGGACAAGCAUCAGGCAGCAGCUUUAUUAGGGGUAACUCAAUUAUGGCCCCUGCUUCAGCUGAACUAACAUUAACAGCAGCUCAAGAAAAAGAAGACAAUACAAGCCAAGAAGAAGCAGCCAAAGCCGAAAUUAAAAGGACAGGUAACAAGAUUUAUCAAAACUGUUUACCCGCUAACAAUAUCUUAACGUUUUUUGUUUGUUUUAAGGAAAUUCAAUAGUUUGUUUUUUUAUCCAUAUUACGUUUUGGCUUUGGUGGGUGCAUUCAGCUGAGCAUUCAGUGCGUUCCUACUUCUGGAUGCAAGAUCGUCCAUAUUCCCAUUAACAUUAGAGACCUCCAAGGUGAGGUAUAAUCGAUGGAAUGCGAGACAAAAGCCCAAGCCUUCUAAAGUUUUUCACACUGGUUCAAGGAGCAGAGCCUGACCCAGGAUUCAUAGAUACAUUAUUUGCCAGAAGUAUUUCAGUGCGACUUCUCGAACCGGGACACCUGAAAGAAGAUUAUCCAAUCACAACUUUCUAUGAAAACAAAAGAUUCUCAAGGUUUUUUGCAAACGGACCAAUAAACAUGAAGAAUUUUGAGGGCUGCUUCCCCAGAGGCGAAGUAAGUUCAAACGGUUGAAUAUUUUAACUUUUCAAUGGUUCUAUAGCUGAACCUUGAAUUUUAGUGGUCCUUUCCAAAAAAAGUGAGAAUUUUCUGUUUUCCGAAAAAACGUUGGGAUUGGAUAAUCUUUUUCCAAGUGACCCGGUUGGAGUAGUCGCACUGUAAAUCUGCGGCUUGGGUCCUUGCUUGCAACUCGCCUUUUAAUUGAACCCAACUUUCAUUUGAGUUGCGCUUCUACCAACCACCAAAGACUGAAGGCCAACCUGUUUAACCGACGCACACCACUUUCUUGACAAAUAUCUAGGGCUAAAUCAGAAUCAAAAUUAGCUUUGUAGCUCUGGCUGGACCUGCCUCGACUCUUCCCAGCUUAGAACGAAUAGCAACUGUCAGGCAAUUUGGUAGCAACGUCAGGGGCGACCUUUGAUCUGUUAAAAGCCCUCAUGGGAUUGGCUGGGAAAAUAAUGACACCAAAGUUAACAAUGGAACCAAGGAAGAAAACAAAAAAGCUGCGACCAUAAAGGUCCAAUUAAAUCAGAGGUUUUGAAGACCUGCGAGGCUACUGAGUUUAGGAUUUUGAAUUAGACUGAAAGGCCCUUUUACACCCGGCAGUGUUGUUAUAUACAGCUACUUCGAGAAAGAUUGUCGGAAAAAUGUGCACGCGACAAUCCCGAAAGGUAAUGUGGGAUAUGAUCAAUACAGUGUUUCUGACGACUGUACUUGUUGAACCUACUUUUGUUGCUUUCCUUUAGCACUCGCACGCACAUUUCCACGACCUUUCGUACCAAUUCUUUUAAAUUUCUUUAAAGAACAGUGAACUUAAAACCACCCACAUUGCAUUUCGGGUUUGUCGCGUGCACUUUUUCCGACAUCCUUGCUCGAUAUAGCUGUAUAUAUGAAGUAUAAGGUCAGGUUCUUGUCCUUUACAAAGUAACGUCCUUCGCGGCAUAUAAAUCACGUAGACUACGUUUUUUGACAGGUGAGAGUACAGUUAACGUAAAAUGGCAGAGACGAGCUUUCGAAAACAAGGCGAAAGACACUGAUGCAAGUCGAGAACAUGCACAAUACCGAAGACGUGCUCCAUACAACCGGACAGGUAAUGGGACUACACCUAUAUUAGCGACUUGAAUUUCGGUUAAUGCAUCCAGCAUUUUUGAAAUCAAUUAAAUUUCUUACACGUGACGAAGAAAUACACUCAUGCCACGAUCAAAUAUAUAGGACUUCUAGUAAGAUAGGCACCAUUAUAGCCGGCAGUUAAGUAUCGUUUGAUGGGAAAAAAGAACUUAAAAGAAAAGAUCCUGCAUGACUUGGCUUUAUUGGCCACGCGAUACUGCAUUACAGUUUAUGAAAUGUUACUUUAAAUGAAUGAUAUAUUCAUAUUUACGGGUUAUGCCUGUUUUUUAGUCGUAUUUUCAAUUUUAUGCCUUUACAAAAUAUAUGUUGCACUUAACGCUCAACUUCGCGGUUGCUCUUUCUUGCUGGAAAAAAAAGCAAAACAAAACAACAGUGUUUAUUAAAAGUGACUUAAAUUGUUCAAUGUAUAUGUAUUCACGACUCAUAAUCAAGGAUUGUAAGAAUUCGCGUUUCAGGAAGGCCACUUCAAUUACAAUACAGACACACAAAAAUUGUUGGAUCACGGGGUCACAAAAAUAAGCUUCCCCCAACCCCCUCCCUGUUCAAAUACAGCGUAUUGGCAAAUAUAUUUAUACAUUUUUCUUGUAUCUGUAUGUUCGUCUAUCUACCCAGGUUUGCACCAGAGCAGUAGUAAGGUAAAUUCACAAGGACAAGCAUCAAGCAGAAGCUUUAUUAGAGGUAACUCAAUUAUGCCCCCUGCUUCAGCUGAACUAACAUUAACACCAACUCAAGAAAAAGAAGACAAUACAAGCCAAGAAGAAGCAGCCAAAGCCGAAAUUAAAAGCACAGGUAACAAGAUUUAUCAAAACUGUUUACCCGCUAACAAUAUGUUAACGUUUUUCGUUUGCUUUAAAGAAAUUCAAUAGUUUGUUUUUUUAUCCAUAUUACGUUUUGGCGUUGGUGGGUGCAUUCAGCUGAGCAUUCAGUACCUUCCUACUUCUGGAUGCAAGAUCGUUCAUAUUGUCAUUAACAUUAGGAGUGAAGUGUAUACCUGAGAGACCUCCAAGGUGAGGUAUAAUCGAUGAAAUGCGAGACACGUGAAAAGCCCAAGCCUUCUCAAGUCUUUUACACUAGUUCAAGGAGCAGAGCCUGACCCAGGAUUCAUAGAUACAUUAUUUGCCAGACGUACUUCAGUGCGACUUCUCGAACCGGGACACCUGAAAGAAGAUUAUCCAAUCACAACGUUUUUUGAAAACAAAAGAUUCUCAAGAUUUUUUGCAAACGGACCAAUAAACAUGAAGAAUUUUGAGGGCUGCUUCCUGAGAGGCGAAGUCAGUUCAAACGGUUGAAUAUUUUAACUUUUCAACGGUCCUAUAGCUGAACCUUGAAUUUUAGUGGUCCUUUCCAAUAAAAGUGAGAAUCUUCUGUUUUCCGAAAAAACGUUGGGAUUGGAUAAUCUUUUUCCAAGUGACCCGGUUGGAGUAGUCGCACUGUAAAUCUGCGGCUUGGGUCCUGGCUUGCAACUCGCCUUAUAAUUGAACCCAACUUUCAUUUGAGUUGCGCUUCUACCAACCACCAAAGACUGAAGGCCAACCUGUUUAACCGACGCACACCACUUUCUUGACAAAUAUCUAGGGCUAAAUCAGAAUCAAAAUUAGCUUUGUAGCUCUGGCUGGACCUGCCUCGACUCUUCCCAGCUUAGAACGAAUAGCAACUGUCAGGCAAUUUGGUAGCAAAGUCAGGGGCGACCUUUGAUCUGUUAAAAGCCCUCAUGAGAUUGGCUGGGAAAAUAAUGACACCAAAGUUAACAAUGGAACCAAGGAGGAAAACAAAAGAGCUGCGACCAUAAAGAUCUAAUUAAAUCAGAUGUUCUGAAGACCUGCGAGGCUACUGAGUUUAGGAUCUUGUAUUAGACUGAAAGGCCCUUUUACACCCGGCAGUGUUGUUAUAUACAGCUACUUCGAGAAAGGUUGUCGGAAAAAUGUGCACGCGACAAUCCCGAAAGGUAAUGUGGGAUAUGAUCAAUACAGUGUUUGUGACGACUGCACCUAUCGAACCUACUUUUGUUGCUGUCCUUUAGCACUCGCAAACACAUUUCCACGGCCUUUCGUCGCAAUUCUUUUAAAUUUCUUUAAAGAACAGUGAACUUAAAACCGCCCACAAUGCAUUUCGGGAUUGUCGCGUGCACUUUUUCCGACAUCCUUGCUCGAAAUAGCUGUAUAUAUAAAGUAUAAAGUCAGGUUCUUGUCCUUUACAGAGUAACGUCCUUGGCGGCAUAUAAAUCACGUAGACUACGUUUUUUGACAGGUGGGAUUUUAGCAAACUUAAUAUCGCAGGGACUAGCUUUCGAAAACAAGGUGAAGGACAGAAGUACAAGGCGGGAACAUGCAAAAAAGCGAAGACGUGCUCCAUACAACCAGACAGGUAAUGGGACUACACCUAUAUUAGCGACUUGAAUUUCGGUUAAUGUAUUCAGCAUUUUUUAAAACCAAUUAAAUUUCUUACACGUAACGAAGAAAUACACUCAUGCCACAAUCAAAUAUAUAGGACUUCUAGUAAGAUAGGCACCAUUAUAGCCGGCAGUUAAGUAUCGUUAGAUUGAAAAAAAGAACUUAAAGGAAAAGAUCCCGCAUGACUUGGCUUUAUUGGCCAUUUGAUACUGCAUUACAAUUUAUGAAAUGUUACUUUAAAUGAAUGAGAUAUUCAUAUUAAAGGGUUAUGAUUUUUUAGUCGUAUUUUUAAUUUUAUGCCUUUACAAAAUAUAUAUUGCACGUGACGCUCAACCUCGCGCUUGCCCUUGCUCGCUGAAAAAGAAAAAGCGAAACAAAAAACACUGUUUAUCAAAAGUGACUUAAUUUGUUCAAUGUAUGUGUAUUCACGAGUCACAAUCAAGGAUUUGUAGCAAUUCGCGUUUUAGGAAGUCCACUUCAAUUAUAAUACACAACGGUUUAUCAGCACAACACGAUUAAUAGACACCAAAAAUUGUUGGAUGAGGGGGUCACAAAAAAAGCUCCCUCCACCCUCCUCCCCAUUGCCUGUUAAAAUACAGCGUGUUGGCAAACAUAUUUAUACGUUUUUCUUGCAUCUGUAUGUUCGUCUGCCUACCCAGGUUUGCACCAGAGCAGUAGUAAGGCAAAUUCACAAGGACAAGCAUCAGGCAGCAGCUUUAUUAGGGGUAACUCAAUUAUGGCCCCUGCUUCAGCUGAACUAACAUUAACAGCAGCUCAAGAAAAAGAAGACAAUACAAGCCAAGAAGAAGCAGCCAAAGCCGAAAUUAAAAGCAAAGGUAACAAGAUUUAUCAAAACUGUUUACCCGCUAACAAUAUCUUAACGUUUUUUGUUUGUUUUAAGGAAAUUCAAUAGUUUGUUUUUUUAUCCAUAUUACGUUUUGGCUUUGGUGGGUGCAUUCAGCUGAGCAUUCAGUGCGUUCCUACUUCUGGAUGCAAGAUCGUCCAUAUUCCCAUUAACAUUAGAGACCUCCAAGGUGAGGUAUAAUCGAUGGAAUGCGAGACAAAAGCCCAAGCCUUCUAAAGUUUUUCACACUGGUUCAAGGAGCAGAGCCUGACCCAGGAUUCAUAGAUACAUUAUUUGCCAGAAGUAUUUCAGUGCGACUUCUCGAACCGGGACACCUGAAAGAAGAUUAUCCAAUCACAACUUUCUAUGAAAACAAAAGAUUCUCAAGGUUUUUUGCAAACGGACCAAUAAACAUGAAGAAUUUUGAGGGCUGCUUCCCCAGAGGCGAAGUAAGUUCAAACAGUUGAAUAUUUUAACUUUUCAAUGGUUCUAUCGCUGAACCUUGAAUUUUAGUGGUCCUUUCCAAAAAAAGUGAGAAUUUUCUGUUUUCCGAAAAAACGUUGGGAUUGGAUAAUCUUUUUCCAAGUGACCCGGUUGGAGUAGUCGCACUGUAAAUCUGCGGCUUGGGUCCUGGCUUGCAACUCGCCUUAUAAUUGAACCCAACUUUCAUUUGAGUUGCGCUUCUACCAACCACCAAAGGCUGAAGGCCAACCUGUUUAACCGACGCACACCACUUUCUUGACAAAUAUCUAGGGCUAAAUCAGAAUCAAAAUUAGCUUUGUAGCUCUGGCUGGACCUGCCUCGACUCUUCCCAGCUUAGAACGAAUAGCAACUGUCAGGCAAUUUGGUAGCAACGUCAGGGGCGACCUUUGAUCUGUUAAAAGCCCUCACGGGAUUGACUGGGAAAAUAAUGACACCAAAGUUAACAAUGGAACCAAGGAAGAAAACAAAAGAGCUGCGACCAUAAAGGUCCAAUUAAAUCAGAGGUUCUGAAGACCUGCGAGGCUACUGAGUUUAGGAUUUUGAAUUAGACUGAAAGGCCCUUUUACACCCGGCAGUGUUGUUAUAUACAGCUACUUCGAGAAAGAUUGUCGGAAAAAUGUGCACGCGACAAUCCCGAAAGGUAAUGUGGGAUAUGAUCAAUACAGUGUUUCUGACGACUGUACUUGUUGAACCUACUUUUGUUGCUUUCCUUUAGCACUCGCACACACAUUUCCACGACCUUUCGUACCAAUUCUUUUAAAUUUCUUUAAAGAACAGUGAACUUAAAACCACCCUCAUUGCAUUUCGGGAUUGUCGCGUGCACUUUUUCCGACAUCCUUGCUCGAUAUAGCUGUAUAUAUGAAGUAUAAGGUCAGGUUCUUGUCCUUUACAAAGUAACGUCCUUCGCGGCAUAUAAAUCACGUAAACUACGUUUUUUGACAGGUGAGAGUACAGUUAACGUAAAAUGGCAGAGACGAGCUUUCGAAAACAAGGCGAAAGACACUGAUGCAAGUCGAGAACAUGCACAAUACCGAAGGCGUGCUCCAUACAACCAGACAGGUAAUGGGACUACACCUAUAUUAGCGACUUGAAUUUCGGUUAAUGUAUUCAGCAUUUUUGAAAUCAAUUAAAUUUCUUACACGUGACGAAGAAAUACACUCAUGCCACGAUCAAAUAUAUAGGACUUCUAGUAAGAUAGGCACCAUUAUAGCCGGCAGUUAAGUAUCGUUUGAUGGGAAAAAAGAACUUAAAAGAAAAGAUCCUGCAUGACUUGGCUUUAUUGGCCACGCGAUACUGCAUUACAGUUUAUGAAAUGUUACUUUAAAUGAAUGAUAUAUUCAUAUUUACGGGUUAUGCCUGUUUUUUAGUCGUAUUUUCAAUUUUAUGCCUUUACAAAAUAUAUGUUGCACUUAAUGCUCAACUUCGCGGUUGCUCUUUCUUGCUGGAAAAAAAAGCAAAACAAAACAACAGUGUUUAUCAAAAGUGACUUAAAUUGUUCAAUGUAUAUGUAUUCACGACUCAUAAUCAAGGAUUGUAAGAAUUCGCGUUUCAGGAAGGCCACUUCAAUUACAAUACAGACAAACAAAAAUUGUUGGAUCACGGGGUCACAAAAAUAAGCUUCCCCCAACCCCCUCCCUGUUCAAAUACAGCGUAUUGGCAAAUAUAUUUAUACAUUUUUCUUGUAUCUGUAUGUUCGUCUAUCUACCCAGGUUUGCACCAGAACAGUAGUAAGGUAAAUUCACAAGGACAAGCAUCAAGCAGAAGCUUUAUUAGAGGUAACUCAAUUAUGCCCCCUGCUUCAGCUGAACUAACAUUAACACCAACUCAAGAAAAAGAAGACAAUACAAGCCAAGAAGAAGCAGCCAAAGCCGAAAUUAAAAGCACAGGUAACAAGAUUUAUCAAAACUGUUUACCCGCUAACAAUAUGUUAACGUUUUUCGUUUGCUUUAAAGAAAUUCAAUAGUUUGUUUUUUAAUCCAUAUUACGUUUUGGCGUUGGUGGGUGCAUUCAGCUGAGCAUUCAGUACCUUCCUACUUCUGGAUGCAAGAUCGUUCAUAUUGUCAUUAACAUUAGGAGUGAAGUGUAUACCUGAGAGACCUCCAAGGUGAGGUAUAAUCGAUGAAAUGCGAGACACGUGAAAAGCCCAAGCCUUCUCAAGUCUUUUACACUAGUUCAAGGAGCAGAACCUGACCCAGGAUUCAGUCAUACAUUAUUUUCCAGAAGUAUUUCAGUGCGACCACUCGAACCGGGGCACCUGGAAGAAGAUUAUCCAAUCACAACGUUUUUUGAAAACAAAAGAUUCUCAAGGUUUUUUGCAAACGGACCAAUAACAUUAAAAAUUUUGAAGGCUGCCUCCUGAGAGGCGAGGUAAGUUCAAACGCCGUUAAAUAUUAAACUUUUCAACGGUCGUAUAGCUGAACCUUGAAUUUUAGUGGUCCUUUCCAAAAAAAAAUUGAGAAUCUUCUGUUUAAAAAAAAAACGUUGGGAUUGGAUAAUCUUUUUCCAAUUGACCCGGUUUGAGUAGUAGCACUGUAAAUUAGCGGUUUGGGUGCUGGCUUGCAACUCGCCUUGAUGAUUGAACCAAACUUUCACUGGGCUUGCGCUUCUACCAACCUCCAAAAAACUGAAGGCCAACCUGUUUAACCGACGCACGCCACUUUCUUGACAAAUAUCUAGGGCUGAAUCAAAAUCAAAAUUAGCUUUAUAGUUCUGUCUGGACCUGGCUGGAUUCUUCUCCGCUUAGAACGAAUAGCAACUGUCAGGCAAUUUGGUAGCAAAGUCAGGGGCGACCUUUGAUCUGUAAAAAGCCCUCAUGGGAUUGGCUGGGAAAAUAAUGACACCAAAGUUAACAAUAGAACCAAGGAAGAAAACAAAAGAGCUGCGACCAUAAAGGUCCAAUUAAAUCAGAGGUUCUGAAGACCUGCGAGGCUACUGAGUUUAGGAUGUUGAAUUAGACUGAAAGGCCCUUUUACACCCGGCAGUGUUGUUAUAUACAGCUACUUCGAGAAAGAUUGUCGGAAAAAUGUGCACGCGACAAUCCCGAAUGGUAAUGUGGGAUAUGAUCAAUACAGUGUUUCUGACGACUGUACUUGUUGAACCUACUUUUGUUGCUUUCCUUUGGCACUCGCACGCACAUUUCCACGACCUUUCGUACCAAUUCUUUUAAAUUUCUUUAAAGAACAGUGAACUUAAAACCACCCACAUUGCAUUUCGGGAUUGUUGCGUGCACUUUUUCCGACAUUCUUGCUCGAUAUAGCUGUAUAUAUGAAGUAUAAAGUCAGGUUCUUGUCCUUUACAAAGUAACGUCCUUCGCGGCAUAUAAAUCACGUAAACUACGUUUUUUGACAGGUGAGAGUACAGUUAACGUAAAAUGGCAGAGACGAGCUUUCGAAAACAAGGCGAAAGACACUGAUGCAAGUCGAGAACAUGCACAAUACCGAAGGCGUGCUCCAUACAACCAGACAGGUAAUGGGACUACACCUAUAUUAGCGACUUGAAUUUCGGUUAAUGUAUUCAGCAUUUUUGAAAUCAAUUAAAUUUCUUACACGUGACGAAGAAAUACACUCAUGCCACAAUCAAAUAUAUAGGACUUCUAGUAAGAUAGGCACCAUUAUAGCCGGCAGUUAAGUAUCGUUAGAUGAGAAAAAAGAACUUAAUGGAAAAGAUCCCGCAUGACUUGGCUUUAUUGGCCACGCGAUACUGCAUUACAGUUUAUGAAAUGUUACUUUAAAUGAAUGAGAUAUUCAUAUUUACGGGUUAUGCCUGUUUUUUUAGUCGUAUUUUUAAUUUUAUGCCUUUACAAAAUAUAUGUUGCACUUGACGCUCAACUUCGCGGUUGCCCUUUCUUGCUGGAAAAAAAAGCAAAACAAAAAAACACUGUUUAUCAAAAGUGACUUAAAUUGUUCAAUGUAUGUGUAUUCACGACUCACAAUCAAGGAUUGUAAGAAUUCGCGUUUCAGGAAGGCCACUUCAAUUAGAAUACACAACGGGUUUUCAGCACAACGCGAUUAAUAGACACCAAAAAUUGUUGGAUCACGGGGUCACAAAAAUAAGCUUCCCCCAACCCCCUCCCUGUUCAAAUACAGCGUACUGGCAAAUAUUUUUAUACAUUUUUCUUGUAUCUGUAUGUUGGUCUAUCUACCCAGGUUUGCACCAGAGCAAUAGUAAGGUAAAUUCACAAGGACAAGCAUCAAGCAGAAGCUUUAUUAGGGGUAACUCAAUUAUGGCCCCUGCUUCAGCUGAACUAACAUUAACACCAACUCAAGAAAAAGAAGAUAAUACAAGCCAAGAAGAAGCAGCCAAAGCCGAAAUUAAAAGCACAGGUAACAAGAUUUAUCAAAACUGUUUACCUGCUAACAAUAUGUUAACGUUUUUUGUUUGUUUUAAGGAAAUUCAAUAGUUUUUUUUUUAAUCCAUAUUACGUUUUGGCUUUGGUGGGUGCAUUCAGCUGAGCAUUCAGUGUGUUCCUACUUCUGGAUGCAAGAUCUUUCAUAUUCCCAUUAACAUUAGGAGUGAAGUGUAUACCUGAGAGACCUCCAAGGUGAGGUAUAAUCGAUGGAAUGCGAGACAAAAGCUCAAGCCUUCUAAAGUUUUUCACACUGGUUCAAGGAGCAGAGCCUGACCCAGGAUUCAUAGAUACAUUAUUUGCCAGAAGUAUUUCAGUGCGACUUCUCGAACCGGGACACCUGAAAGAAGAUUAUCCAAUCACAACGUUUUUUGAAAACAAAAGAUUCUCAAGGUUUUUUGCAAACGAACCAAUAAACAUGAAGAAUUUUGAGGGCUGCUUCCUGAGAGGCGAAGUCAGUUCAAACGGUUGAAUAUUUUAACCUUUCAAUGGUUCUAUAGCUGAACCUUGAAUUUUAGUGGUCUUUUCCAAAACAAGUGAGAAUUUUCUGUUUUCCAAAAAAAUGUUGGGAUUGGAUAAUCUUUUUCCAAUUGACGCGGUUUGAGAAGUCGCCCUGUGAAUUUGUGGUUUGGGGUGUACUUGACCAUGACUGCAUAAUGCUUCAAAGUAGUUUUGCUGGUAGUUUUCUUUUUCUUUAAAUUAGCAUGAGCUUCAGUCACAAUCUUAGGUAGUUAACUAAUAUUUUGAGGGAAAAUUCUUUGAAAUAACACCCUAUAUGAAAAGGAAGAGAUCAUAAUGGUUGGAAUAAUUAUGCCAGGAUUUUAUAUUUGUUCUGGUUGCUGAAGUGUUUAUUGUACAUGCUAAAUUACUAAAAAAGAGUAAAAAAAAAACAGAUCGGCCCAUGAAUAAGAUCUUUUUUCAUAUUAUUGUCACUCUGGUACAGGUACUUCAAAGACAAACUACCGGCAUCUUGUUUUAGUUAAUUCAUCAUCAGAAAACUUCGAAAAGUGAUGCUGCACUUAUCGUUUGAUUUGGGAUCAAAUUCAUCUUCCCUAAAAAAGAAAAGUAAAUAAACAAGGGAUAUGUCAAUAUUUCAUUACCUUGUUAUUGAUUCAACAACAAGCAAAGAAGUAACCACAGAAAACCCAAACCUAUACCCUUGUGUACCUCGUUGAGGAUAAUCCCAAAACCAACCUAAAAUACAGAAAAUUAUAAUUAUAAUCGAUUUGUCGACCCUUUUAAUGUUCUUUAAUUGCAGUUUUGAAUGUAUAGCAGCUGAACACAGCAAAGAGAAAAAUUUCUAGCAUAGAUAAUUUUGAAAUUUCAAUAAAUGUUGAAUCGAUCAAAAUGGAGUUUUGCAAGAUCGAAAUUGGAGGGUAAGCAAUCGCCCAUUUUUUAAAAAGCUAUUUGCUUACACGUAAUCUUUGAUUUAAUUUAACAGUGAGAUGUUGUUUGAUCGAUCAAAAUCAUGUAGAAUUUGAGCAUCAAACAACUCUACGUGCUUUACAAAUCUGCCUUUUCCGUGAGAGCUCGAUACAAGUUAAUCCAUAUAUGCCAAAAAAAGUUAGUCAAAGAAUAUUUCUUUCCACCGAUAUAGUAAGUUUCCGUUCUAUACCCAGACAGCCGGGAAGCACGAGACUUGGACCAAGCAGAAACUUCUGCGAUGAACAGUCAGAUUCGUUUGUUUCGAUGAAUUAGCAAUUAAUGCACCGAAACGGUAAUUUACUGCCACUUUCAUGCAACUAGGUGCAAACUAUGCUAUAUUACUAAAUCAAAGCAAUUUCUCUGCUUUUAAAUUUCCCACUGUGUCUUACUGUUUUGCGAUAAAAGCUAUAAAGCAUAAAAGUUCUAAGGUGUUUACAGCGACUUGUGUGUUUGAACAGAUCGGACAGUCAAGUUGUACAAUUUAGCACGAAAACGGUCCAUACGUUUAUAUAAAAGUGCUUCUUCCUUGCACCUCGGUACACGCUUACUCGCCAAAACAAAGCCCAAUAGUGUUUCUUCAACUGCUAUAUAAAUUCUCGUGACUUGGACUAAACAUAAAAAGUGAACAUUACCUACCUUUUUAGCAUGUCUUCUUCUCACAACCAGCGAUCGCAACGCCGAUCUCGAUUAAACGGAUCAAGCCACUGUAUUUGUCUGACAGUUCCGGGAUACAUUGUCCUCUAGACAACACAUAUCACUAAAUAUUUCGACCAAAAUAAUUGUCGAUCUCUCAUAGAGGCAACAAAACCACAACGUUAACGCUACCCUUCGACAAAAACGCUGCCUUUUGUUCUCGACAACAUGUCAAGAAGAUUUUGUCUCUAAGCCAAUGAAUUUGCCGGAAAUCCAUCACGUGAUAAUCCGCCAGUACAGGCAUGCGCUUUAAAGAUCAGAGGGCGAUUCGACGACGAAGGAACAACCAAGGCCAGAACCAUACCCGUCUCUUCCUGAAAGGAAGGCCCGGUAAAAAUAAUUUCUUAAGGAUGACGUCAUAAGCUGAAAUUUGCGAAGUCACUGAAAGCUAAAGAUUGUUGAAAGCCAAGAACGCCCAGUGAACCUCUAUCGACUUCACACCUAGAAUGCAGUGGAUUUUCUACUCAGAUAAUCAUUUCUUCGUUAAAUUACGUUGGUGGGCCGGGAUAUCUUUUCCUUAGCAAAAAAUAUCGAAGACAUCAUUCCUUUUUGCUAUCUAUGAAACAGGUUUGCGUGAGGACACAAGUAAAGUUAGUGUACUCCGACGAGUUUUUGAGGAAGGUUCGUUCAGAAGAGCUGAAGCGCAAAAUGACGACGAAAGCCGUGCACCAAAACGAAUACGUACCUCAUAUAGAAGGACAGGUAAUUUGGAAGUAAUAUAAGAAAAAAUUAAUGGCAUCAAUUACAGGACUUAUAAGUCGAACUUUAAGAUUGUAGUCAGUAACGUUAAGGCCAAACGUCGAACUUUUCGUGAGACGAACCAAACUCUAAUUUGGAUCGAUCUAAAUUUGAGUUAAGACCAUCUUUUGGGUCAGACGGCGAAGCCUAUUCAGUUCCCUUUCGUAAACGGUCUUUGCCAUUUUUAACGGUCGAUGCCACCCGGCAUUGGUAACCAAGCCCUUAGUCAUGAUAGAUGCAAUAUAUUCCCUGGAUUAAGUUACAAUAAGGAAAAUAAUACGUUUUUGGAUAGUCUUAGAAAGAACGACGUUGAUGCCCAAUCUGAAUUUACGUUAAAAGUUAUAGAAAGGGCUAGGGUCACCUGUUAUUGAUGUAUCAGUUAAGAAAAAUAGUUUGUUAGUUUAUGUACUUACAUUUUUCGGAAUUUUGGCGAGUCAGUGUAGUAGUGUAGUGGUAGUGGAGAGAGAUAAGGAUGCUCGAAAGGUCCGGGUUCAACCCUGCGUUGAGAUUUUCUUUCUUUUUAAUAGAAACGCUCUCAAUAACAAGUCAAAAAUUUUCCAAGUGUCUUAAAAAUGGCAGCGACAGUUUACGAAACGGAGAACUGCGACGGCGAACUUAGGACGCGUCGAAUCAAUCAACCGAAUGAGACCAAAAAGCAAUUUUAGCCGACUGAGGCUAAAUAUACAUUCUCGUACAAAUUUUGAAUUUUUUAGUUAUAGUUCGUCGCAUGUGAAAAUCGACGUUUGACCUGGAGACGAUCUUCAGACGUUCUAUUUUAUCUGUUCGAAUUAGGAGCAGACGGAUAGAACGUGUUGGACGACCCAAACUCACUCAGGCGAAUUUUACUGAGCCAGACGUCGAACUUUUCACGAACUGGACUCACUAUGUUGGGUUCGUCACAUGAAAAGCUCGAGGUUUGGCCUAGACAUGAGGUGGGUUUUCCAGUUCGAUACAGAAGGCACGUUAGGAGAGUAAACUAUUGAGCAAUUAUUGAAUUAGGCUUUCGUGUGACCUGAAGAAUUAUAUGGAGAUAGGGGAAGUUUUAAUAUCCUUCGAGAUCAAAGUGCGUAGUGUUCAGAACAUACAAAAGCCAUAUUUAAUCAGGGCUUUGAGGUUGCCGUCCCUUUUUUGGAGAUUACCCUGUACUACUGAAGUCAUAUUCUGAUAGCAGGAGCUGAAAUUGAUUAUCUAUACUGGCAGUAACUGGUUUGAAAAGCGUUUGUACUCUAGCCGUGGGACUGUCAAAUUGAUAAAAGUAUAUGAGUUUGUGCCUCACCUUUUAUGGAAACCUGUUAAACCACAGGGUAUGGACAAACAUAAACUUCUCUUUUAUUCCUUAUAUGUGCGUGUAUUUUAUUUUGUUUCAGGCAAAGUUACUCCAAAACCAGCUAAUGCGAAAGAGAAGGACAAAAGCCGUGUGCAAUCAGCGAAAGACGAAAUACUUUCAAGUGGUAGUCGAGGUAAGAACUUUUGACUAAAAACAUUGAGUCAGACAGCUCAUUAUUACUUUAUACUUUACUGAACGUACGGUGGUUUUCAUUUCAGUUUUCACUGAAAAAUGAUGCAACCGGCCCGUUACAAUAAGCGUAGCUUUAAUUCAUCAGUGAUUCAUUAUAGACUGCCACAGCUAUUGUAAUUACACCGAAAAAAUGCGUCGUUAGUUUUUACAAAUGCCGCACAACAUACCGGUGUUACACCGGAAAAAGUGUCAGGCAGUACCACCGCCAGGUAUGUCGGAAGUGGUUGGGGGAGUAUAACUUAGAAAGAAGAUGUGACCUAAAACUAGUUGUAAAAUAGCAGUCUGGGUAUAAAUUCCCCUUCAACUUACCCAGUUGAAACUUGACACGGGAUGUCCCUUAUUACCUAGUAGGAUUUUUGAUCUCCAGGAAAUAAAAAAAUGAUGAUGUUUUCUGGCCAUGUAGUCGUAUUGGGAUAAAACAAAAACAAAAGCUAAAAAAUAAUCAGGAAAUACGUUUUACUUCUAGAAUAUAGAAAACAUCAUCGUAUAUCUGUAUGUGUGUGUUUUCAAACAGAUUUGAAUGAGAAGACAUGUAAAGUGAGUGUGCUUAAGCAAGCUUUUGAGGAAAUUUCUUCCAUAUCAGCUGAACGUAAAGAAGGUGUCGAAACCCGUGAACAUGCAGCAGAAGGAAAACAUUCUCCACAAACCAGGAAAGGUAAAAUUUACGCCUUAUCAGCACCUUAAUUUCAAUUAUACUGAGAUGGCUCCUAACUUACCAAAAUAUAAACAAGGCAUUAUAGGAAAAAUUAUGUCUUGUUUGCAAAAUAGCUGCAUGUUUAUUUUCUGUACAAAAUGGAUAUCUAAUGAGCGCAACGAUGCCGACUCCAGGGCUGCUUGAACGUCUGUGAAUGCUUUUGCAUUAAGCAUUUGCAAUCAUGUGUCUGUGAAUGUUUCUUUUUUCUUCUUCCGUGCGCGUGGAGGAAAAGGAGUGCAAAGAGAUCAACGGUGGCGUGGAGAAAGGGCCAUGUUCGUACCCAUUCCGCAGAGCGUAUGUCGUCUUCUUCCUUUCUCUAAAUAGCAAUUGCAAAACCCGGUCGCUUACAGGAGUUGGUCGUUUACUAGAGGUUCCAGCUGUAAGGCUUUGACUGGGAAAAUGUUGGUGUUUUGGAUAGGAGGUCGCUUAUGGGAGGUGGUCGCUUACAAGAGGUGAUUGCACAUGGAGGUUCGACUGUACAUUGGCCCCCUGGGUUCUCUUGAGGUUUCCUUGGCACUUUCUGUUUUGUAUUGUUCCUUUUUCUUUUUUAAUAAAUCGAACAAUCACAAUUACACGUUCCUGUUAUUUCUUUCUUUUCUCUCUCUCUUCCUCUGUUUCUCCCUUCUUCUCAUUUUUUUUCUUUUCGUACCAAUUUGGCACAUUUUGGCAUAAUUCCCGUCAUAACAGAAAAUAAAUAAAUUAUUAAAACACCUGUUUUUGUCCGGUUUUGUUUCCGAUAGUACCAGGUGAAAUCAUAGCUCGAGGACCCGAGGCAAAACGUGCUUAUGAAAAUGCUUUGAAGAAUGGAAAGGUAAAGGUGUAUCGUGGUCGAAUCAUGUUCAUCGGCCAAGAUCGAGCGGGAAAGACGAGUUUAAAAAAACAUCUUCUUGGCCUGCCAUUUGACCCUGAUGAACAGAGUACAGACGGGGUUGAAGUUGACCCAUCUACAUUUGAAUUUGACGUCGAUCAUGCCACCAAUUGGAAGAUCACCAAUGAAAAGCUCAUUUUUGCCAACGAGCUUGCAAAAGUAGUGGCAGGAAAACUUCAGGAACAGAAAACUAACAUGAACCAGAAAGGUCAAGAUGAAAAGAAUAGUAAGGUUAGCAAAAUGUCCUGCAAUCGUCUCGAAAGAACUAGUUUCACUUAUUGACGUAAUUUGCCGUCCUCCUUACUGGGUUGAAGAAACCUGACCUAAUUAAAACCUCACACUUAAGGAUACUAACGUAAAUUGCUCUUCGCCGAUUUUGUCGUAAACCUGGCCAGUUUUUCAGAAAUAAAGAAUACCGAUGUUGGAAAACGCCAGUUGUUAAAAAAUCAGAUAAGUGUUCGUCAUAUUUAAUUAUGAAGAGCGAUAUAGUUGGGCUCCAAAAAGUAGUAUAGGGCGCAGAUUUAAGGCAGUUUUCUACCUUUUUUUAAGUGGAAUCUGUGCUCAUUGGAGAGAAGUAGAAUUAUACAUUAACGCCGAUGAGGUCAUCGCCUUUUGUCUUUAUCUCGUGACUAAAAAUCAGGACGUAGAAAAAUCUCAUUAUGAUAACGUCACGUUCGUUUUUAGGUUGUUUAACCGAUUUCACAGGUUUCAGAUUUUUAGUUAUUUUUUCAUUUCUAACGAAGGAAUACUCGCUAAACUUUCAUUAACGUACAAUCACUAAAAGGUAACUAACGUAACUGCCAGUUCCGCUCCACUGAAUUUUGGCGCGCAAUUCGUGCACAUUAACGUGGGUAAUAGGAAAGCGGCUCCUCUUUCAACAACUAACAAGAUAGUUUUUGGCGAAAUGUUUUACUUACCCUUUUCCUCCUUUUAUUGAUUCUUUCUUUAUAUAUUUAGAAUUUUUUCCGACAAACGGAAAAGAAGGACACCGAAGAAGCUGGAUUUCAUUCUCACAUAUCUAGCAAUUUGGACAUCGCGCUUGAAGAACUUACGAGCUGCAUGAUCGACGGGAAGAUGGAAGAAGCUUCCCCUCCAGAAGACGUACCAGAAAUAGUGACUGCAGAACCUACAAUUUCCAUACCCGAGUUGAAGAUAGACCCAGCCCAUCCUCCAGAAGACUUCACAGAAAUACUUGUUCAGCAUUUAAAGGGAUUAAAUCUGGAAAAAGAUGCGGAACAAGCUGAACGUCACACGACGCUAGAUCUAUGGGACUUUGCAGGACAACAUCUUUAUUACGCUUCAUAUCCUGUGUUUUUGACGAAAAGAGCAAUUUAUCUGUUGGUCUGCAAUUUGAAUAAGCCACUUGAAGCGGAGGCCCAACCCUCUUUUAAACGAGAAAAUUGCGAAGUUCGUCUAAGGAAUCCAAAUUCCGAGACAAAUUUAGACAACCUAAUGUCAUGGCUUGCUUCAGUAAGUACUACGUGUUCACAACAAACAAAAGCGGGUAAAGAGGAAGAGAGGGAGCUCGAAUACCUGCGUCCUCCAGUAUUCAUUGUAGGAACACAUGCUGAUGAGCCAUAUAAAAGUAAUAUCAAGGAUAUUGAAUCACAGAUCCAGAAAGCGAUUUCGGGAAAAAGCUUUGCAAAACAUGUGAUUCGUCCUUUCUUUGCAAUUUCUAACAAGUCAGGUUCAGACGAAAAGCAGCUCGUCGAUCUCAAAGACAAGAUAAUGGAGGUCUUAAAGCAGGAGCCAUACAUGGGAGAGGAGUUGCCACUUCGGUAAGUUUUGUCACGAAAGAUCACUCCAAAGCAGUUUCCUACUGUAUAAUAUCAUAUUUCCACGCUGUGAAUUUUUUUCGAUGAUCUUGAAAGCUACAACCAAUUGCAAAGCUACUGGGGCACUUCGACGAAAACCGGCCUUUUUACAUCAAAUGGCUGCUAGGCUCACAUCUCCGAGAAAUAACACUUAACCCCUUUCUCCCCUCCAUUCAAAGUAUUUCCUCCAAGUUUUCAGCAUUUUACAAGAGGAUCACAAGCACAAGAUCAUGCACAGGCCAAACAAGGUAGUGUGUCAAGUAUUUUUGCAAAUGGUUGUAGCUUCUUCAAAACACCAUUCCAGGUGCAACUUUAUGUUCAAUCUUGAUUUGCUAGGAUGUUACUAAGACGAGGAACGAAGAACUAGUAACGAGCAUGGAGAAAGGGAAAAUUAAACCAAAAUGGCAACAAAGAAGAGAAUGGGUAAUCAAUUUACUGAUGCUGCUAGGGUGGACGUUAAGUUUUGUUACCAUUUUUCAAGUCCCUUUACCCGUACUCUCGUUCCGAGUUAGUUACAUCCGAUUUAAAAAACCUUUCUAUACAUAUGCUCCUUUUACCUUGUCUCAAACUUUCAUUCAGAAUACCGUUCGAUUUAACGCUAAACCUAACCACUUUGAUGACUUUUUCGGUCAUAACUUCGUUUUUCCUGCAGGUGGUUCAAUUUUGAGAAGGUCAUUAAAAGCUUGGUUGCAGCGAGCAUACAGUACUUGGGCCUAAAGGAUCUACGGACGAUUGUUCAGAAAGUAUGCUUCAUCGAAGACGAGAAGGAGAUGGACACCAUGCUGGAUUUUUAUCACGACCUUGGAAUCAUUGUUAAACACCGAAACACAGUUAUACUGCAGUCCCAAUGGCUAAUUGAUAUUUUCAGGAAACUUAUAACCAUCCGUCAUUUCAACGAUAUGGUAAUUUAAAAGUAAAACUUUUGGGAUAAAUGGGCUAAUUUCCUUAGGAUUUAUUAGUAUGAACAUUGUUGGGGGUUACAUAAAAAUCUAUGCAACAUCGCAGAAAUUCACCAACACACAGCUUAUCUCCAUAGGCGCACGGGCUAAGGGGGAGGGGGAAGGGGGCGAGAUUCCUCACAAAACGCUCCAUUAUUCGGGAAAACAGCACUUGGGAUAAGACUUAAAAACAAAAAGGAAGUCAAAACACAGAGUUUUAGUAUAUACACACUCAGUGAUCUCAGUGAUUUAAGCAAUCUGAUUAGUUCGUUAUCUCGGAUUAUUCAACAAUAUUCACCUACUUGCGAGUGGAUAAUGUGUGAGCUCGGUUUUUUUCUUAAUUUUUAAAGAACGAUCUUUUAAAAGAACGACACAACAAACUUUUUUGGCUAUAAACUUGGCGAGUCAACAGAAAACAACAAAGCUUUACUUUUCUUCUCAGGUAAGGAAACAAUUUAAACUUUUAACGGUUCUAUUUAAGCCAUUACGCUGUUGUUUGCGAAGUGAUAAGCUUGUAUGUGAAUUACCAUGUUUGAAAAUCCUACAGCUUCCCCGUGAUUUGAUCUGUCAAUCAAAUCAUACUCGCCUUUUUAAUGGUUUCCUCUCUGAUUUUGUUGAGAUCACUCCGUGUGUAUAUACUAAAACAAUUAUUCUUUUCAAUCUCGGUGAAUAGUGGCUUUAGGAAUAUUUACCUCGAUUCCAAAGGAUGAUUGUUAAUGUAACCACGACAGUCGUUUCUAAACGUCAGUCUAAAUCCGCACAUGUCAGAUUUAGAUGCGUGGUGUCGAUACCUGUUAUUCACUCUUCAUCCCAGUACCUUCAUUGAUUUCUGUCCGUGGUGUCCAUUGUGAGCUGGGAAUCUAAGAUCUCUAGAUACAUUUCAGUUUAGAGCGAUCAGUUCGAUACUGAAAACUUAUCUUCGUAGCACGAUGUGACAGAAUAGAUUGUGCUCGCUAACGUUCAUAUUGGGCACUCCUAUGAGUAUAAAUCAUUGUGAACAGAUCUGAAACGGAAAACGCCACGGGAGGAGUGAAUUUUCAAAGUAUGUUUCUGAUUUUACCAGAUCAAAUAUACUACGCGACGUCUCUCUCGAAAUUAUUACUGUUUCACUAAGCGUGAGAAUUUUAAACGUUUUUGUUUUUGAUACGAUGUAAGUACUUUUGUAUCUCGUUUACAACACCAAGACGUUGGGGCAUUGAGUAAUUUCUUCGGGCAAGGUCGCCGACGCCGCUGCCCCCGAGCCAAAGUCCGAAAGUGCCCGUAGGUCUAUGAGCUUACUUAAGGCUCUUCAAAAAUACAAUAUUUCAAACUACAGAUGAAAAGGAGUUGUUUAGGAGGCGCUCGAUCGUGUGUGGAAGCCUUUUAAAUUUAAGAACAUCAGAUUUGCAUUUUUAUUUCUUUCUUGUGGUAACAUAUUCGUUCCAUUUUUGCAGAAAUCCAAGCAUUCCCUACUGUGGAAAAAAAUGGAGAUAACCGGUGUUCUCUCAAUGGAACUCGUCGAUCACGUGUUUUCCAAAUUUUGUCAGCAAGGCUUUGCGAAAGAAAACAUCUUACACUUGAUGGAACGGUUUGGUUUGAUUGCCAAGUGUGCAUUUCCUAUAAAUGGUGUGAAGUACUUUGUUCCAGCUCAACUACGUUCACAACCUGGACGACUUUGCCAUUUAAAACCAGCCCUGACAGACCCAUGCCCGUUAUAUCUUCAGUUUCCAUCUGGAUUUGUUCCACACGGGCUUUUUACGCGACUCGUAUCUCGUUGUACCAGAUGGUGUUCCAAAAUUGGAUUCAAGGAGGCGCCCAGACUUUUUGAUGGGGUAGCAAGGUUUACGCUACUAUCAAAGGAUUUUUCUCACCAGCUAAUCUGUAUUCGCCAGAAACGCUUUAUUAAGUUUGUUUUACGUCAUUUUAAAACGCAACAGUGUCAAGAAGCUCCAGUGAUAGAAAUUGAAGAAAUGGCUUCCCUCGUGUGGAGAUUUCUGAAACACACAAUGACUUCUUUGAUGGAUGAGUGGCCCUACUUGACCAGUUUGGAAUAUAAUUGGUGCGUCGAAUGUACCGACUGUUCUGAGGAACACGUCACGUGUGAUAGCCAUGGCAAAGUAGCUUGCAGGCACGAUGAUUGUUCGUGCCUUCUUAAAAUUCUGCGAGACGGGCAAAUGAACAAUUGCCUAAAGAGCUUCGGCAAUAAUACCACGAAUGUUCCAGGACUAGAAAAAUGGUUUCCCAUCAAAGGUGAGAAAAACCUAACUGUAACUACUUGAAAUUUGCAUGUUUGCCUGACUUUCAUUGCACCAAAUACCUCGAUAUUUUUCGCUUAGGUCGUCUUAGCCCUGUUCCCUAAAAGCAAGUACACAAUUAACGGUAGAGGCCCAAAAUGUGGAUGUCACAUAUUUUAAUAAUAAUGUUCGCCAUUGGUGCAUCAGUAAGCAACACCCUAUAAUAUAUAUAUUUAACGAUAAACAAAUCGAAUUUGGAUGUGAGUCUGUAGCACAAGGAACAAAGUUACUCGAUUCUUUCUUGCUUAUCAGGCUUACUUAUCGGGAACUUUUUGUUGUAUAUGGCACUGUCUUAAUUCAACAAGGGCCGUAACAACAGGUUAUUCCUUUUGCUGAUGCCUCAGUUACCACAGUUGUCCUUCCAAGACGCCGUUGUGAGAGUCGCACCCUCCCCCUUCUUCAAAGUCCAGAUACAAAGGCGAACUAGUGAUAAAAGGCGUUAAGUAGCAAUUGUCGAGGAAACGCUUGUAAUGACGCAAUCAAGAGUCUGAAAUUUUCCUACUUUUGUCGGAAGACAAACUUUAUUAAACUUGGCAAAAAAUCCCAUCCCAAGUUAUUCUGUUAGGUCAUGUUACCCUUCCGCGAAAACUCUGCACCCAAACAUUGUUUCACAACAGGCUGCACGGCAAAGGGCACAACGCCAGUUAUGACAAUGCCAGAGGAUGAACCCAGGUGCAGAACUUAAGUCAACCACCAGGAAGCGUGCCCUGCUUCGUUCACCUCAGGCUAAAUAUUCUUACUUUUCUGCCGAUUUAAGGCUGAAAGUAUUCUUGUAUUAUUCUUAGUUUAUAGCGUAUGAUAUUUCCCUUUUGGAGUAUUAUAAUUUUAAUAAACGUUCUUUUUCAUGUAGACGUUCGCCCAGGUCAUCAUCCUGGAACAGACUUUGUCUACAAAAUGACUGCUCUUCCAAGAGGGAUUGCACUGAUCAUUAAUAACGAGCUGUUUGCAGAUAAUACUGAACAUGGCAGACAAACACCACGCCACGGCUCAGAGGAAGAUGUCCGUCAAGUAAAAGAAAUGUUCAGCGCUCUGGGAUUUGAGGUACACAUUAGAGAGAAUCGUACUAAAACAGAGAUGUUGAACGAGGUAGACUUUUUUGCAUACGAAAAGGACCACAGUGACUACGAUUGUUUUGUGCUCUGGCUCAUGAGUCAUGGAAGCAGUGGCGAAGUGUUUGGCUCUGAUGGUGUUCCGUUGCCAAUCCAGACAAUAAAAGACGUGCUUUCCAACGCCAACUGUGCAACACUAAGGGGAAAACCAAAGCUCCUUUUUGUCCAAGCAUGCAGAGUGGAUAAAGAGGACGAAGGGGUGAACGUCGUGACUAAUGCAUGUGGUUCGCCCUCUGUUCAAAUGCCUUCUCCCUGUCCUGAUUCGCCGAUUGAUCAAACGAAAAGUCCUUCACCGGAGAGGAUGGUUUGGCAAACAGAUUUCCUAACUGCGUACUCAACAGUUGAGGGAUACGUGUCAUACAGAUUUCCUAACCUAGGAAGUAAUUUUGUUCGUGCAAUUGGGAAAGUUUUUCGAGAACAUGUUGCUCACGACCACCUCGUUAGCCUCCUGACCAAAGUAAUCAAAAGAGUCAGCGACAUGGAAUCAAUAGAAAACGCCCGCAAAUUUAAACAAGCACUUCAAUUUGAAACCACCCUUGUUAAAGAACUUUGGUUUUAAUUAUGACAAUGAGUGUGUGUGUGCUUUUUGCUUAUAGCUACUAACCCUCUUAAAAUCCUAUUGUUCUCAAACUGCAAGAAUUUUGCAGAGAAUUAUGCCAGAAAGAUGUAAAUCCCAACUGACUAGGGUAAAUAGAGGCCAUCAUUAUAACGGAUACACUUGUGUAAGGCGUUUUAAGCACUCUUAAGUAUAGUUUCUUUACAAAGGCCUGUUGCUGUGUUCUAAGUCGAUGAUGUUUUCAAAAAAUCUGGAGCCAGCCCACUGCACAUUGGGAAAUUUAAAUAACGCAUUUUUUAAAAUUAUUAUUGCCAUUUUUCUUAAAAUCCAUUUCCAGGAAAAUAUGCCUACAUUUAGCAAAUUGAGCGAGUCGAAAUAAUCAGGGAU